AUGUCCACCAAUUGGGUCUUUUGGGCGCUAGUCACAUCAAUGGCAAUGUUAAUAGAAGUUUCUAAAGGCUGUAGUGUUAUAACGUCUCGUCCAAUUGAAAAGAUCCUCGACGAUAACAAAGACUCACCAUGGCUAGUGCUAGUUACUGAUCAACCAACACUACAAUUAGAAGACAUCAAAGCACUAACUUAUGGAGCUAUCAUCCAUCCGAAGCUUGUGGUGACACCAGCAGCCUUAAUAGCCAGCGACUGGGCAAUCUUGAGAUUGUUCGAACCUCUGAAAUUUACUGAUACGGUCGAUGCCAUCAAGCUGGCGGCUCCUGAUGAUGAGUGGGACCCAGAAGAUUGCAUCAUUCAUCAUAUGACUCCUGUUGUAUCGUUCUACGCCGGCGAUAACAUGGGCCCUGAAAAAGGAGGAUUCCGACAUAAUGAAUUCAGAUUCUCGAUAAAUCCUGAUUAUUUUGGAUUUUAUUACUUGUCAAAAGUAUAUAUGACCAUCGAAUUUGACAGCGUUUUUGGGAAUUAUACUGGACAUGAAGAUGAAUUUACGAAGACAAGGCGAGUGGGAAGCUCUAUUGCUUGCUGGAUGAGAGAUGAGUCAGAUGUUGUGCUAAUCGGUUUUUCCACCAUGGUCUAUAAAAUUCCUCACAAAUGGGACGCUGCUCGGAAUGAAGUGGAAUUAAUUGAAGGAACGGUGUUUGACUUUACGCAUGACCUUGAUGACUUCAACAAACCUGGCUACUUGGACAUAAUUAUCUGA